AAUGAAUCUGCUAACUGUAGCUGUAGCUUCUAAAUCCUGAUUGGUUUCGUUUGAGUGUACUACAUUCUGAUUGGUUGUUGGAGACGUUUUGGCCUUUGAUUGGCCAGAAUAAGUGCAGAAUUAUUUUAAGUCGUCUCUGGCCACUUGUUUUUCAUCCCAAAACUGUAAUUUGGGGUUUUAGAGAAAUGAGUGCAGUAGAUUACUAGAAUGAAAAACAUGCUCUUACUAUCCUGAGCUUCAGUAAUUAGACGGUGCUUGCGCUGUGUGUGUUUGAGAGAAGCUGCCGUGUGUAUGUUGACGUGCAGGGCUUUGUGGGAAUAAAGUAGGGAUAACGGAUAGAUGCGAGAUUGAGAAUUUCAAACGCUCCGCUCUGAUUAGAGCUGUAUUAUCUGAUGUCUGCUGCUUUUUUCUCCUGUAAUGGAGGUUUUAAAUGUAUUGACCGGUUUUCCGUUGUCUUUUUCCAGAUGGGUGUAAUUUAGUUUGCGUUGUUUUCCAUGCCGUAGGCUUUAUCGAUCGUUUCUCAUGUCAGGCAGUUGUUCAUCUGCAGAUCUAGACCAUCAUUGCUCCAUAGUUCCUUUUGGAAUCGGGAUGUUUUGGCAUUCCGACAUCAUCCGGCACACAUGGAACUCUGAGACGAGGGACUUCUCUGCAGUUCUAUCGGAGUUUAUUUUUAGAUUCCAGCACACGGUUUGAUGUCUGAGUCAGGCUGGGUCAUAAGAAUCAACUGAGGGUGACUAACCACGAACUCUGAGUGAUGUUUCUGAUCCUGGAUGCUUAUUUCUGACUUCCACCUGGAUGUGGAUGGACAGUGGGCUUGAAGAAAAUGUCCAAUAUCACCUCCAAAUAUCCCUGUUUGAGGUGAAUACGACUGGAGAAAGUCUAAAGCAGUUCUUAAGUUCAGUAACCAGAACUUGUCCAGGUUCUACAUGGGGAACAGCAGUCGGAGAACCCAACCUCUUCUAGAGGAGACGGACUAUUUUUAUACAGGAGAAGCAGAUAGAGAAUCCCAGAAGUCUCACCUCUCCUCUUUCACAAUGAAAUUGAUGAAAUUUCAUUCCCCGAAGAUUAAACGAACUCCAUCUAAGAAGAGCAAACAGCUCCAGCCAGAGCCUACGGUGACGACUCCAGAGAAACCUGUCAACAAGAAGGUGAGUCGGUUGGAGGAACAGGAGAAGGAGGUGGUCAGUGCUCUACGUUACUUUAAGACGAUUGUGGACAAGAUGAACGUCGAUACGAAGGUAUUGCAGAUGCUUCCUGGUUCGGCUAGUAAAGUAUUGGAGGCCAUAUUGCCUGUGAUGCAUGUAGAGGCUCGGAUACAGCACAGCUCGGCAGUGUCCUCCUGUCAUAACCGCGUCUAUCAGAGUUUGGCGAAUCUCAUUCGCUGGUCUGACCAGGUGAUGCUGGAGGGCAUCGACCUCGACGACAAGGACACUGUGGCAACCGUCACCACGGUGAUCAAAGCUGUGCUGGAUGGUGUGAAGGAGCUGGUGAAACUCACUAUAGAGAAACAGGAGCAACCUUCCCCUACAUCCCCCAGCAAACCAGCGCUUCCUGUGUCCAAAACAGAGAGUGUGUGUGAAAAUCCUCUAACCGAGCGAGAGAAGGCGAUCCUGAGUAAGACCACGCCCAUUGCCACGCCCACUGACAGCUUGACUGACAUGUCAGAGGAAGAGGUUGCUCCGCCCAAACCUCCUCUACCCGAAGUUAAACUGGCAGAGCACAGGAAAAGGAUGCAGUUGUGCUCCGAUCCUGUUGCCGGGCAGCGGAGGCCCACAGCGAUGGAAACCCCGCCCGCUCUGCCUCCCAAGAAGCGACAGUCGGCCGCCUCCCCCACACGUGUUGCCGUGGUAGCGCCGAUGAGUCGAGUCCCAUGUGGUCCCAACCUGCCUCCUGGAGCUCUGAGACAGCAGCAGGAGUUUGACGUGGAUCUCCUCCAGAGGCGUUUCUCCGGUGGGAGCCAGUCAUUCGGCGGGGAUUCGCCUCGUCUUUCUCCCUGUAACAGUAUGGGAAAACUCAGCAAGUCUGACGAGCAGCUCUCGUCACUGGAGCGAGACAGCGGCCAGUGCUCGCGCAACACUAGCUGUGAAACACUAGAGGGAUAUGAUCCAGAUUACGACUUCCUGCAUCAGGAUCUAUCCGAAUCCGAGCCUUUACCGUUUCCGACGGGCACUGGCAGCAGUUUGAGCCCUCUCCCAGAAUGCCACGGGGAGUCUCAGUCGUUAAGCCCCGCCCAAGCCCCCACCCACCCGCGUUUCAGCGCUCCCGUCACCAGUCAGGCUUCCCUGGAGUACUGGACCCCGCCCCUCAAACCUGGACCAACCAAUAGCGUGCUUCCCCCCGCCCUCCCGCAGAAGAAGCGGCGGUCGGCGCCGAUCAUAUCGCCGUACCCUCUUUACGAGCGCCUCCCAUCGCACUACGAGAACCUGUCAGAAGAGGAGCAGCCCACGCCGCCGUUCCCGCUGCUGCCGCAGGUCAACGGAGGAGACGAGCUCUCGCACUGCACCGACACCGACAGCCCUCCGCCGCUGCCAGAGAAGAAGGGCAAACAGAUCCUCCAGUACAUGCAGUUUGUGGAGGAUUACUCUGAACCGCAGCCGUCCGUCUUCUAUCAGAUGCCUCAGAACGAGAGUAUUUACGAGCAGCGGAGGAACAAGCGCUUUCAGGAGGUUUACGGCUUCAACGAUUCCUACAGCAGUUCAGACUCCGUCCACGAAGCCGUCCCGCCACCAGCGCUGCCUCCCAAACAGAGACAGCUGGCCUCCUACACUUCUUCUCCUCCUUCAUCCUUCUCUUCCUCUUUUUCAAUUCUCCCUCCUCCUGCUGGGCUUCCGGAGGAGGCGGAGCCUGCUCUUGGUCUCAGCCUAUCAGUGUCUAACUCCUUCCUCAGUGGCCACGCCUCUUUGACCACACCUGUGAGUUCUGACCUGGUUGGUUUGACCAAUGCCGGCAGAGCUCUAGAUGGUGGGGGUGUCUCUAACGGGUCCUUGACCAGCUCUCUGGUCUCUCUGGCCGUCUGUCCUCCUUCUGAGUCUUCUCUUUCUGAUUCACUUCUUACCUCUGCGAGUGAAAGUGUGGAUGAAGGCGGUGAGGGAGAGUAUGUGAACCUGUACUCCUCCACUCAGGCUAAUGGAGAAAACACACACCGCACUGACCCCUCAUCAUGUGACGAUGUGCUUCAGGACCACACCCCUCACAUACCCACCUCCAAUAGCAAGGAAGCCUUGUCAAAGGACAGGCCGAAGGAACCCAGUCAUGGUCGGAUCGAUGAUGUUGAUGAACUGUCCCUCAUUGAUCAUAAUGAGAUUAUGAACCGCAUCGCACUCAAAGCAGAGAAUGAUGAUGGUCCUGAUGUGAGAGCCGGCUCUGGUGAUAUACUGUUAGUUCACGCUACAGAAACAGACCGCAAAGAUUUGGUGUUGUACUGCGAGGCUUUUCUCACCACCUACAGAACCUUCAUAACACCUGAAGACCUCAUUAAAAAACUGCACUACAGAUAUACUCGCUUCUGUCACAGUCCAGACACCUUUAGGAAGCGUGUCAGUAAAAACACGUUCUUUGUGCUGGUGAGAGUCGUGGAUGAACUCUGUCUGGUGGAGCUGACCGAGGACAUCCUGCGGCAGUUGAUGGAUCUGGUCUUCCGGCUGGUCUGUAAUGGAGAGCUGAGUCUGGCGAGGGUCCUGCGGAAGAACAUCCUCGAUAAAGUGGAACAGAAGAGGCUCCUGCGACACAUGCACAUGCUCAAACCUCUCGCCGCGAGGGGCGUCUCUGCCAGGCCCGGCACGCUGCAUGAUUUCCGCAGUCAUGAGAUCGCCGAUCAGCUGACGUUGCUGGACGCAGAACUGUUUUACAAGAUUGAGAUUCCUGAGGUGCUGCUUUGGGCGAAGGAACAGAAUGAAGAGAAAAGUCCAAAUCUGACCCAGUUUACAGAGCACUGUAACAAAAUUUGA